AUGCUGCCUCCUCUGCUGCUCAUCUACUUGUACGGGGCGACGAUCGGCCUGCUGGUGGUGUGCACGGUGACGUUGUACGCGCCCGGGCUCGCCUCGUUCAUCCCCGCGUUCACGCUGUACGGCAAGACGAGCGGUCAAGACAUGAUGCCACUCGUCGAACGGAUAUCCGUCCCCAAACGGUGGUUCGCCCACUUCUACUUGAUCGCCGUGAUAUGGACCGGAUUCCUGAUCGGCUACGCCAACGCAAUUUCUCAUGCCGUCACAACACAGCCAAAGUGGGUGCUCGAGUAUUUGGCGUCGAUGACGAGCAGCCAGCCGCAUUAUUCCUGGACAACCGGACUGCUCGCCCUAUCCCUGAUUAUGUUCCACGUGACGAGACGAUGCCAAGAAUCGCUGUUCGUCUCCGUGUACUCGGACAUGAAGAUGAACGUCUUUCACUACAUCAUGGGCAUCGCGCACUACAUCGCGUUCCCGUUGACGGUCGUCUGCGAGAUGCACGGGUUCGCGUCGUAUUGGAGAGCAACGACGCUAACGUUCGACUACACACAAAUCACGCCGAUACAGUGGACGGGUGUCGCCUUCUUCUUGAUACUGAAUUGGCUACAAAAUAAGGUGGCACAUCGAUUGGCCGACGCGCGGAAGGGACCUACCGGUCUCGCCCAGAACUAUUGCCACUCGGUGCUCUACGGCGGCUGGUUCGAUCUGCUCUCCUCGCCGCACUUUACGUUCGAAAUUGGCAUCUACCUGUCGCUGUUGCUCGUGCUCGGGACGCAAGGAGCCGCUUAUCGGGCACUGUGCAUGUUCGUCGUCGUCAACCAGGUGUUCGCCGGCCUGCUCACCGACCGAUGGUACCGUAGCCGAUUCGCCGACUACCCGUCCACACGAAAAGCCAUCAUCCCGUAUAUUUUG